GCCAUGGUUCCUCCACUCAACUGCAUCGUCGCUGUGUCCCAGAACAUGGGCAUCGGCAAGAACGGGGACCUGCCGUGGCCCCCGCUCAGGAAUGAAUUCAGGUAUUUCCAGAGAAUGACCACAACGUCGUCAGUGGCAGGUAAACAGGACCUGGUGAUUAUGGGGAGGAAGCCCUGGUUCUCCAUUCCAGAGAAGAAUCGGCCUCUAAAGGACAGAAUCAACAUAGUUCUCAGUAGAGAACUCAAGGAACCGCCACAAGGAGCGCAUUUCCUUGCUAAGACUGAUGCCUUAAAACUUAUUGAGGAACCAGAACUGGCAGAUAAAGUGGACGUGGUUUGGAUAGUGGGAGGCAGCUCUGUGUAUAAGGAAGCCAUGAAUCAGCCAGGCCAUCUCAGACUGUUUGUGGCAAGGAUCAUGCAGGAAUUUGAAAGUGACACGUUUUUUCCAGAAAUCGAUUUGGAGAAAUACAAACUGCUCCCAGAGUACCCGGGCAUCCUUUCCAAUGUCCAGGAGGAGAAAGGCAUCAAGUACAAAUUUGAAGUUUAUGAAAAGAAUGAUUAAUACGAAGGCGUUUCCUGGCUCAUCUCCUGUCCUACCCCUCCUCUGGAAAGUUACGAUUUGGAUGUCGGAAAACAGACUGUUAUUGUUGACUUUAGGCCCGGGGAACAUUAC